AUGAAUCAACAGAUACAGGUCGGACAAAGAACUUUGCUUAUUCAUCCCGGUUUACCGGACGCCCUGGAGGUCUUACAAUGGGAAUUUGAGAAAGUAUACGUUGGUAAACCGCUCCAUAUGGUGGGCUACCUUGAUCGCAUUGGCUCGGAUAACUACAUCGUGGUUGACGAUAUCGGUAAUGUUUACAAAGCUGAAGACACAAUACUACGUGUUGUAGGGGAAAAUAUCGAAAAAUAUUUCGCUGACGGUCUUGAAACUGAUGAAUAUUAUGACUAUUACGGUUAUUUAGACAAGGAAAAGAGUCGGCAAUGUGUUGCCAACUAUGACGACGAGGUGGAAUAUUUACAGAUAUCCAAAGGAUCAGCUUUUGAAGAAUUACCGAAUGAUACUGAUUCGUUGACGGGUGAAGAAAUGGAAGAAAUACAACAAAUCAGUUACUUCGCCGAUUUUCUCGUCGACCCUUGUCAUUGAUCUGAAGUGGAACCUCUAUUUCCAUUGCAUUGAUUUUUCCAGCUAAUAAUAUAUGUCUAUACCCUAGAAAUACUGACGUAAAUCUUCUGUGAACACAUAUACUGAAAAUAUGUCUGAUACGUUGAGGCCAUAAAUAUGCUAAUUGCACACACGUUUAAUUUGUAAUAUUCAUAUUUCAGUUAUAUUUUAUUACUUAUAUCUAAAUAAAACCAUGUUCAUA